AGCCGGAGUCCACAGUGGAUAGAGCAUCUGAUUGGACCGCAGCGAGACCCGUGACGUUUCCAGUGUUUUAGAAUCCAACAUGGCGCUGCUGUCUCUGGUCUUGUUGUCAUCGAUGUUUCUUCUCGCAACGUCCCAGAUGUGGAACAUUUGCAUGUCUACUCAGAGCAAGUAUGUGUGUCCUGAAAAAUACAUUUGCAUGAGGAUGGGUAUGUCCGGCAUGGGCUCCCAAUCCGAAUGUGUUUUAAUGGACCCUGACUGCAACAGAAUGGGAGCCAGAGAUCUGACGGAAUCUCCCAUUGUGAAGCGUCAAGCCGCUGGCAUCGGAGGAGUAGGAGUGCUAGGAGAGUGCAACAGCGACCAGACCUGCAGGCGACGAUACAUGGGGCUUUCCAUCGGCACCGACAACCCCUAUAAGUGCUGCCGAGUCCGCAGAAGGACUGGGAUGUACGAGACCCGAUGCCUGAGGAAGCCCCACUUCCCUCUGCUAUCUGGUUUUGGAGGCCUGGGCGAAGGAGGCUUUGGUGGCGGCCAGGUGGGCGGGGCGUUCGGAGGGCAGUCAGGUGUGGUGGGCACACUCUAGCUCACCCUGACGCCAUGUUUCGCCACGCUGCAUAUGUCAUUGUUUUGGGAGGAGAAAACCGUUUGUGCUACGAUGCACAGAGCAUGGAAUUGAUGACAUGACAUGGCAAUAAAUGACGUAGGAAUCACG